AUGUGGUAUUUCAGAGCUUUAGGACUUCCUACUAAAUUAGCUCCAUAUCGAUCUGACACAGUUUACCCGGCAAUGAUAGCUACUACGCUAUCCCAAUAUGAAUAUGUUCUUAUAUGUGAUAAAUCCAACAUCCGGGUGUCUGGAUCACCACAGUUUUUAUGUUAUUUAUAUCACGUGACCAACCCUUGGUAUAAGGAGAUUUGGCCGAGUGGUCUAAGGCGAUACGUUCAGGUCGUAUUCACGAAAGUGGCGCGAGUUCGAAUCUCGCAGUCUUCAAUAUAUUUUGAAUUUUUUGGCAUUGUCGUGCCCGAAUUCUUGUCAGCCAAUCAGGAUGACGAUUACACAGAAUUCUCUUUUGAGAACGACGACCGAAAUUUCCAGUUGUACCAGCUAGGAUCUUACGAAUAUGUCAGAGUUGAUAUUGGUAAGCAAAAUCAGAAUUUGCAAGCAACUGGUUUAAUGGCAGAGGUUCUCCAAGUCACACUUGGUAAGCUAUUAAAAUCCUUGGAUUAUUUUAUUAUCAUUCUUUUUUUUACUGGAUCUUAA